AAACCUAUAAAGGCGCGCGCACUUGACGGUGUUGUCGCUUUCAGGCAUUUUGACCACAAAGGACGAGUGGAACUCAAGACAUACGGCCAGCACGGACAAUACGGGCAAACGCCGAACGAACCUGGGUGGCUACGGGAUGCAAGAUACCGUUGGGCUAAUAUUACUCUUUUCGUACGCUAUACAUUGGGCACAACUCCGCCGAAUCCUACAGGGAACGAGAGCACCUCCAGGAGAGCUUUGAAUGUGGCCACUCCUCGCCUUCCCAGUCCUAUGUGCACCGGUCGAAGAGGUUGUUUUUGUUUACUAGGAGGAGCUGAAGACAUCUAUCAUCAGCCAUUUCACCUUGUUUAGACGGAUUGUGUUUUUUAGACACCGCACCUGCAGAAUCGCACAAUCACUACCGUCAUACUGACUCCUGGGCCGAUCAAUAAUUGUUUUUGGUUGUCACCACCAUGAAGACGUUGGACGAAACUUACUACGUCCAAACUCUUGAGGCGUUCAUCGAAAGGUGUGACCAAGAGCAAGUUACUUUAGCUUGGAUCCGGGCCAAGAUGCCGUCCCUGCUCAAGGCCGUGCGGUGGCCCGUCAGCACGGCCGAGGUGGUUCGUGUCAUUGGGGUCGGCUCUGGCAAAGGGAUCAUGGACGUCGACGUGCUGAAGCUCGUCCAGCGGGAGUGCCCCGAGAACCCCAUCCACUGUAUCGGAAUUGAGCCGAACCCGGACGAGCUGGCACGGUUCAAGAAGCGAGCAGCGGAGGAGAAGAGCUUCUCCCUCGGCAGGACCACCUUCGAGUGGCACGAGAAAAUCUCGGAAGACUUUGAGAGUUUGUUGCCAAGCCGUCCGGACAAUCGAUACCACGUGAUCCACAUGUUUCAAAUGCUGUAUCAUGUGCGUGACAUGGAAGAGACCAUUCAAAAUUACUACAACAAUCUGACAGAGGGAGGGCUCAUGGUCAUCACGAUCGCCUCGAAAGAUGGUAACGAUCUCCUGAAAGCGUUUGAGGACUACGAGGCCACCAUCCCUAAUCUGCACGACCUACCCGCUCAGAACAUGAAGCGCUACAGCGACGACGUCCUUCCCAUCCUGCGCCGCCACGCCGUCCCCUACCGCCUGGAGACCGUGGCCUACCGGGUGGACGUGUCUGAGUGCUUCGUGCAGGGCUCGCUGGCCGGCAAGAUGUUGUUGGACUUCAUCUGCCUGACCAACGCCACAUGUGUCUACCAGAGCCUGGCCGAGAGUGACCGGAGCGCCCUGCUCAACAGCCUGAGCAACUACUGCAAGCUUGAAGGGGACGGGCGGCGUAUGCUGACCCUCACCUUCGACUGCAUCACGUGCUACAAGGGCAGCCAACCUUGGAUGUGUAAUGGCGUGGUGGAGCAAGAUGGCGUCUAGUUUGCAGGAGUCUCAUGGGCCAAAAAUAAAAUGGAAUAUGAAGCUUCUAUCAUGAAAACACUUCGAAGGUUCGAAAUUGUAAAAUUUGGGUAUGCUCACGUUUUCGAUCGUAUGGCCAGUUCGUACUUCGCGUGGAAGCUAAAGCGAAACAUUACGAUCAUCAUUCUGUAACGAAACUUGCAAGAAAUUUAAAUCUUCUGCUUGGGAAAAUUUGCUCAUAGGCGAAUCUGGAACAAACUUUUCGGGGGCCCCCCAAAUGGAAUUUUUCAUGUUAUCUUUCAUGGCAGCUCUGAAGGGGUGAUGCUUUUCACACUCUUUUGGAAGAAAGGUAAACGCAGUAUACCAAAAGACACCUGUCUCCCACUGUAGUAAAAUUUUUGUCCCAAAAAAAUUCCUUUUGGGGAUGGCAAUGCCCCCCGGAACUUCUCUUGCUUUGCCAUAACAUAAAAAAUGCUUAACUUCAAUUGCUUUUGCAAAGAGUGUACAAACUGGCCUUCGGCAGAUUUUAUUUAUUAUUUGUCUGUGAUUUUUGUUUCUGUUUUUACUUCGGCAUUGACCUUUCUCAAAAAGGAAAAUUAGACCUCCAAGCUUUGACAUCGUGGUAAAUAUUUUAGGUCACACCAAUCGGUAAAAGGCUCGCAGCAACUUUUUGCUUUCUUAGGAAAAUCGUAACAAUAAAAUUGUUCUCUAGUUCUCUUAUCACAACAAAGAUCAAGUAAUUCAAGAUGCUAAACUUUGUGACUUAUGGAUGUAUGGUGUCCUUUUAAAUAAAUUUCAUGCACGAUGUUUGCCGUCCUUUCUGAAAAUACGAAAUCCGAACCUCGUCCUUUAUCAGCAUUAGAAGGACAGGCAGAUCUUCUACCACCGGCUUCCCUGACAUGGGAUGUCAUUGUCUAAUCUUAUCUGAGGUGGCCACCUGUCUGCAAUCCAUUAGGCCGAAGAGCUAUUUCACGCUAUUUCCAGUCCAGGGACUCACGGCUUUCUUUUUUAUCGCAGGGCAAAAAGAUUGAAAUUUUUGUUACGUCCUAUGUGUGGGGUGAGGCUAAAUUUGAGGUUGCUUGAAAGGAAGCCCUGAAGUAAAUCUCCAAGUCGCCUUUCUGUCAUUAGGCCUAUAUCUACAACUAAACAAAACACAAAACAAAAUACUCCCUCCCCUAGAGGUGGGUACAGCCCCAUGAUCUACUGCGCGGCAUUUUCGCAGUGGACGCUUGUUGCCGUCCGAUAAAAAUUGUUUCGAUGUCACACACAAGUCCUUCACAUUAGCCGAGCGUGUUGCGAGAGAGGACAUCCAAAGUACCCACCUUUCCCUUCAUGUGAGGUUGAACUUUCUGCUCAGGCGUUAUUUCACCGAACCCAUCCAUCCCAUUUUAACUUAUACAUUUAUUUAUCACGUUUUUAUGAAGGCCCUGAAGUCCCAUUAAAGUAUAUAUUUUCAAAACGUGAAGUAUAUUUUUCCGAAGUCCGUUUUUAGGAGAUAUAUUUGUUUCCGACUUCGUUUCUACGAUAAAUAUUUUUCCAAAGUUCGUUUGUUCGAGACUUACAUUCUCCAGUUCGUUCUAAUAAGAUCUGUUUUUAGAAAUAUCGUUUCUAUUUUCGAAAUAAUAAUAAUACUAACAAAAACGAACUUUGAAAAAAUAUACUUCACUUUUUGAAAAUCUACACUUGAUUGACGGGACUUCAGGACUUUCGUACGUUUUCAAGUUGGUGUUGGCAUUGUAUUUUUUGUAACCUUCAGUUUGUCGCAAGCUUGUUCUCCAAGCAUAAUGGAUCAAUAGAUAACGGAUCUGUUGAAGGCAGCACAGAGAGUACAAUAACUCCUUAGAUUUUUGUAAUUUUUUUAUUAAGGCUUUUGCUUAUAGCCCGACAGGUAUAUGUGUUUGGAGUAGACUUCCAGUUUAUUUUAUCGUGCAUGUGUAUUCAAAAGUGUUAUUCUGCUUUUAACGUAUUCCAGCUUUGUGACGGUUGAUUAACGUGGUUGUGAAAACUGCGGCCAAUGAUACAGCACUUGACGAGAUUAAACGUUAUCCGCUUCCAUCACAGACAUUUUCCUCUUUCAUGGGUGUCGCAACAAAUGGUAUAUAACCUGGCUGAUUGAGAGACAACAGAAGUUAUUCUGGGCGACUUCAUGAUGACGGGGACUCGCCGAAAUAUAUCCUGUAGUUAAUUAAGGAGCAUUUCCGUGCAUCCGAAAGAUGAGCCGCUAAAUAUUAUGAUAUACUGCGAUUUUUAUCAGUUGAUGUCAAACGCCAUCUGACCAUCUAUUGGUUUUCUGGUCAGAAAAAAAGCAUUACGGAGUGACAGUUUUCAUUAAUAUUAUGACAUACACAAAGACAUACCUGAUAUGUUAUGCAUGCAUGACUCUGAUGCCACGUUUUCAUUGCUGUUUGUAACUCAUUUAACUCUAUUUCCAGUUUUAUUGUCAUUUAAAUAUAUAUUUUAGAAUUCAUAACCAUAAUCAUUAAUUAUUGCUUCAAAAUUCUUUGAUUGAGAUUGGAAAAAGGAGAAGGUGAUGAGUGCUUAUGAAAUCAUUGAGAAGAAUUAUUGCAUCAGGUGACCAGAUGAAAUCGCCGAAUGAAUUGUAUUAUAUUCAUCAGUCACCAUUGUAUGAUUAUGAAACGUUCAUUAUCUGAGCGCAAAAUAAAUCCCAGCGUGAUUACAAUGUCUGCAUCGCGUAGGAAUUCUGAAAUUCGAUGUGAUAGUGGAUUAGAAGCUACUUACUUUGCACCGUGGAUUAGUACGUUCUUUUUUGCGACGCAGUUGCACCACAAGUUCGCACUUAACGCAUAAUUCAAAAAUACGUGAUCGACCAGCCACCAAUUGGAUGACUGGGAUUUGUUUAGGGAGAUUUUGUGAUCAAAAUAUUUUGUGGUGGGAAAUAUUCACAAUUACGGACUGAUGUUGUACCAUUAUGUUUCUGAGAGUGUUUGCUUUAUCGGUAUGGUGAAGGGAGGUGACGGGUAAAGAUUGUGGUGUCGGUUUUUGCCAGAGUAAGGUAAAAUUAAAACAUGCUCCUUUUAAAACUGUA